AUGGCCACAGGCACGCCCGUGUCAGCGGAGAUCAUCGAGGCUCCUUUGCUGAGAGUGCCGCAAGAGGCGCUCAAGCGAGCGGCCAAAGACCGCAAAGGCCUGAUUGAUGAAGCCAGCGAGGCCCUGGCAGCGCUGGGCCCGCUGUCCGAUGCAGCGACCAGCCAGGACGAGCAGGUCGCAGGCCUGGAUCAGCUGGUGACGCGCCUGCAAGGCCUCAAGCGCAAGCUGGCCGACGUCAGCCGCGCCGAGCGCGACGAGGCCGCGCGCUGCCAGGCGCGGCUCGAGCACCUCGCCGCGCUCGGGGCGCCCGCGCGCGGCGCCGCUGUCGCCUGGAACCGCCCCCGCCUGGACCGCAUCCUCGUAGACCACCUGCUGCGUGACGGCUGCCACGUCAGCGCCACGGCACUCUCGGCGUCCGCGGGCAUCGACCAGCUCUGCGACCUGCACGUCUUCGGCGGCGCCCGCGCCGCCGCCGACGCGCUGCGCGCGCGAGACGCGGCGCCGGCGCUCGCGUGGUGCGCGGAGCAGCGGGCGCGGCUGCGGAAGGCGAAGAGCCCCCUGGAGUUCAAGCUGCGGCUGCAGGAGUUUGUCGAGCUGCUGCGGAAGAAAGGGAAGGAGGAGGUGCUGCCUUGA